CUUUAUUCAACAUGCUGUCACUGCAGCAUUGUAUGUUUUCUCUGCUGUUUCUCUCCAUUCUAACAGGUGUCAGCUGUGAAGAACUCACUUCAGUAGUGAAAGAAGAGAACAGUUUAGAAGGCAGCUCUGUUACUCUGUCCUACAGAUACUCCAAACAAGCAACUGGUGCUGAUGAGUUUUAUUGGUAUCGACAACAUCCAGGAAAACACCCAGAGUUCAUCAUCUCUCAUUUAGGAACAGGAACAACAAUGAAAAAUCCAAUCCCCUCGACUGACUCUGCAGUAGAGAGGCUGUUUAGUUUCUCAUUCUACUGCAGUGGAAGAACAUUGCUCAUCUGCUGUCUGUUUGGCUUUAACAACUCCAAAGACAUGUUGCUUUACCUGUUUUUACUUUUCUCUCCCUUUAUAGCCCUGAGUUCCAUGAACAGCAUAAAGCCAGAAAGUACUGAAGAACAUGUUGCAGAGGGCACGAACAUCAACCUGACCUGUACAUAUGAGAGUACUAUCUACAAUAUUCAGUGGUACCGACAAUACCAGAGAUCCAGACCAGAGUUCCUGCUCUACAUCACAGAGGGAGGAUCGAUUCAUCGAACUGGUUCUGAUUUCCAAGCUCACAUUGACAAAACAAAAAAACAUGUUAAACUGGAGAUCAUCUCAGCUAAGGUGUCUGACUCUGCUGUGUACUACUGUGCUCUGACG